AUGGAUGUCGUUCUCGAAGUUUUCGACCUCCUGAUAGGGGAUCGCUUGUAUGCGGCCACCCUUCCGGCCACCCUGGCAAUGUCGCUGUCGCCCGCCAUUUCGACAUUUGUUGAGGAUGCAAAUAACACUUUGGCGCUCUUUGGCGAUGCAUCGGCGUACAAAUACCAACCGGCGACAACAUAUCUGUACAUUGAGCCCUCCAAAUACGCUUAUUUGAGUGCCUGGCCGCGCGAUAACAUUUACAGACAGGCUUUUAGUCUGUUUUUGAUUACAUGGCUUUUCGGAGUCCUUUUAUAUUUCGUCUUUUCCUCGUUAUCAUAUGUCUUCGUCUUCGACAAAGCAACCUUCAAACACCCCAAAUACCUCCGCAACCAAAUUCGCAUGGAGAUUGCCCAGACCAUGGAAGCCAUGCCCAUCAUGUCCGUCCUCACGACACCAUUCUUCCUGGCCGAAGUCCGCGGAUACGGCAAAAUGUACGACACCUUCGCCGAGGAGCCCUUUCCCUAUUACAGCGUUCUGCAGUUCCCUCUAUUCCUGCUUUUUACAGAUUUCUGUAUCUACUGGAUCCACCGCGGUCUGCACCMCCCCUUGAUUUACAAGAGACUACAMAAGCCACAUCACAAAUGGAUCAUGCCCACUCCCUAUGCUUCUCAUGCCUUCCACCCCGUCGAUGGCUGGUCGCAGAGUGUCCCCUACCACGUCUUUCCCUUCAUCUUCCCUCUGCAGAAAUGGGCCUACGUCGUGCUCUUCGUGUUCAUCAAUUUCUGGACCAUUAUGAUCCACGACGGUGAAUACGUCGCCAACAGCCCCAUCAUCAACGGCGCUGCAUGCCACACCAUGCACCAUCUCUACUUUAACUACAACUACGGCCAAUACACGACGCUCUGGGACCGCGUGGGUGGAAGCUACCGCAAGCCCAACGAGGAGCUUUUCCAGCGCGAGACUAAGAUGGGUAAGAAGGAGUGGGAGAAGCAGGCAAAGGAGAUGGAGAACAUCCUGCAGACUGUUGAGGGCAAUGAUGAUCGUCACUAUUUGGGUGAGGAGCAGACGAAGAAGACUUCAUAG